CAUUUCCGCUGCCAAAUAGAGCGCGGUAAUUGUGCUCUGACAGUCGGCAAGGAAAUGACUCUCUGAACAGGCAUUCUGUUUAUUUCAAAUCAGCACCACUGAAAGAAUGUAUUGACUCCUUUCUGCUGCAGACGACAUCACCGUGAGAACUCUUUACAACUCAUAGAAUAUAGUCCCGGCUUUGUGUGUCGUCUGCAGUGGGGCUGGUUUUCUUUUACUCCUCUUCAGCCUACCUCGAUGCCAAAGAUGAAGGACUACUAGAAGCUGCCACGGCCAAGACAGCUUCUCCGUCCAGCCAUUUCUGGUUGGGUCUACUUAGUUUUGGUAGUGUAGAAUAGUCUUUUUUAUUUUUAGUCGAUAAUCGAUCGAGGAAGGUAGGAUUGCAUUUUUGGUCGACGUCUGGAAGCGCUGCACGAGUCUUCGGCGAUGAAGCCGAGAGAAGUAACAUCGCUAGCAACACUACUUGCUGUUGCUCUCUCUGUGUUCGUCGAUUCUGUCUCGUCAGCGGCGUGCGAAGGAUGCACAUCAAAUAUAUGCAUAUGCGCAGGUGAAAAGGGGGAACAGGGUGCUCCUGGUCUGCCCGGUCUCCAAGGUCCUCAGGGUCUACCAGGUUUCCUGGGGCCUGAAGGUCCUGUUGGUCCAUUUGGACUGAAAGGUGAUCAGGGAGAGCCAGGGGCCUUUGGGCCCAAAGGAUACAGAGGAGACACUGGCUUACCUGGGUUUACAGGUGUUGCUGGAACUCCUGGUCAACCAGGACUUGAAGGACCAGUAGGAGAAUCUGGUUACCCAGGAUGUAAUGGUACAAAGGGUUUGUCUGGAGUGAGUGGAUUACCAGGAGUGCCAGGAGAGGCAGGACGACCUGGCAGAGAUGGUUUACCUGGUCCCAAGGGUGAACCUGGUGAACUUACAGAUGUUGCUAUAGGACAAAAGGGAGAACCAGGUGAUUAUGGAAUGCCAGGAAUUGAUGGUCUUGGAGGAAUUCCAGGACAGAGGGGAGAUAAAGGUCCUACAGGAGAGGAUGGUAUCCCGGGUCUGGAUGGAAUCCCAGGGCAAAAGGGUAUGCAAGGUGAUGUCGGUGAUCCAGGUCAAGGGAUCCCUGGUGAAAAGGGAAUGAAAGGUGAUGUAGGUCCUCCUGGUACAGCAACAACUGAGCAAGGUCCAGAAAACAUAACACUUGCUGGAGAAAAAGGUGCAAAGGGAGUACAAGGAAUGAAGGGGGAGCAAGGUGAUGAGGGUCCGACAGGCGAGGAAGGAUCUGCGGGAGAUGUAGGUCCAGUUGGUGUCAAGGGACCUCAAGGAAUGGAUGGUCCAUCAGGUCGCAGAGGUAAACGAGGGAAAGAAGGUCCACCCGGACCAUACGGACAGAAAGGAAUGGUGGGAGAGAAAGGAUUUGCUGGUCAGCCAGGUCUUGAUGGGAUUAAGGGUAUGGCUGGGGAUUCUGGUUACCCUGGACGUGCAGGUCCUCAAGGUCCUCCUGGCCCACCAGGAGAGUUUAUUCCAGAACUAGAUGAAGGUACAGAGGGACCACCAGGCAGGGCUGGUCCUCCUGGUCCUAAAGGUGCACGAGGUCUCACAGGUGAUGAUGGAGAGGUAGGUCGGGAAGGCCCAGUAGGUUUUCCUGGACUACCUGGUCAACCUGGUCGGCCUGGGGAGGUCGGUAUUCCUGGAGAUUCCCAGAAAGGCGACAGAGGUGAACCAGGCCUUCCUGGUGUUGAUGGAGUUGAUGGCUUAUCUGGAUUUCCUGGGUUGGCUGGUGAUCCUGGAGAAAAAGGGUUGCAAGGAGAAACUGUUCGGGGCCCAGCUGGUGCUCCUGGUUUACGUGGAGGAGAUGGGCUACCAGGCUUACCUGGUCCACCUGGUGAUUUUGGUAGCAUUGGUGAGAGAGGUUUACCUGGCACACCUGUUAGAUUUCCUGGUCCUAUUGGUGCACCUGGUUUGCCAGGUGACAGAGGAGACACAGGACAGCCAGGUGAACAUGGACUACCUGGUCUACCUGGAGUCAAAGGCUUAGCUGGUGAUGACUGUGGUAUCUGCCCUGAUGGAAUUCCUGGAGCACGUGGUGAUCCUGGUGACCCUGGACUUCCAGGACAGACUGGGUUUCCUGGACCUGGUGGCUUUCCUGGACCCAAAGGGGAGCCUGGUGAAUUUGGCCGACCAGGAGAGGAAGGCCGUGUUGGACCACCAGGUUUUGCAGGUCGACCUGGACCUGAUGGUCUGCCUGGUCCUAAGGGCUUCCCAGGGGCUAUUCUUCCGCCACCCAGUCUUGAGUUAUUCAGAGGACCCAAAGGAGCGAAGGGCACUGCAGGAUUUCCAGGAAUACCAGGUACAGAUGGUUCACAGGGUGACACAGGAAUCCGUGGUAUGCCAGGCUUGUUUGGGCUUCCAGGAUUAAAGGGAGAUUUGGGACAACCAGGUGAUGAUGGACUGGAUGGGUUACCUGGUCUUCCGGGUGAACUUGGUCGCAAAGGUUUAGCAGGACAGUCUACCAUAGGUGCCUUAGGUCGCAAAGGCCAGGGAGGUGUACCUGGGCUGGAGGGCUUUCCAGGACCAAAAGGACAAAAAGGUCAACCAGGAGAGGCAUUCCUCAUACAACUUGAUAAAGGUGACCAGGGAGAAUCUGGGCUACCUGGCAUUGAUGGUUUACCUGGCAGAGAUGGUGCUCCAGGUACUCGUGGUCCGCGAGGAGAGGAUGGACUGCCUGGUCUCCCAGGUGAAAAAGGAAUGGUAGGAGAUCCAGGGUUACCUGGAUUACCUGGAACACCUGGCUUUCCUGGUCCCAAAGGCUACCCUGGUCCUGUUGGAGAUCCAGGGUUUCCUGGAGUUGAUGGCCUGAAAGGAGAAUCAGGAGAAGAUGGCCCACCUGGUGCACCAGGAAGACCUGGGUUUCCUGGACGCAAAGGUGAAACACCUCGCACUGCCCCUGCAGGUGUACCUGGAGAGCCUGGUCCCUCUGGAGAGUAUGGAUUCCCUGGUACACCUGGCACACCUGGAGGAAGUGGUCAACCAGGAUUGCCUGGUUUUGUAGGGAGGAAGGGAGAACCUGGCUAUGAAGGUGUGCCCGGCCUGCCCGGUGAACCUGGUCGCCCAGGAGACGCUGGUCAGCCAGGUCUACCUGGUCUAGCAGGUUUUCCAGGAGAACAAGGAAGGUCAGGACAACCGGGUCUUCCUGGCAUUCGUGGUGAUGCUGGACUGCCUGGCUUGCCUGGAGAACCAGGACGUCCAGGUGACUCAGGAAGACCAGGUUUACCAGGUCCCUCAGGCGAAAAUGGACGGGAUGGUGCCAUAGGAAGACAGGGAUUGGCUGGUUUACCUGGUUUACCAGGUAUUAAAGGAGAGCGCGGGGCAAUGGGCCGCGAGGGUCCUCGUGGUCCUGCUGGUCUUGAUGGACUUGAAGGGCUACCUGGCGGAAUAGGUGAAGUAGGAAGCCCAGGCGAUUUGGGUAUUCCAGGGAUACCUGGAGAAUCAGGACCGCCCGGUUUACCUGGAGAAUCAGGUCUCCCAGGAUUGCCAGGAUUUAAGGGAAGAGCGGGGCUUCCAGGCCCUACUGGUCGUCCUGGACUACUUGGAGAUGAUGGACAACCUGGCCUUGUUGGCUUUCCAGGAGAAGACGGACUUCCAGGUCUACCUGGAGAAAAGGGCAACCGUGGGAUAUCUAUACCUGGUGAACCAGGGCGUCCCGGCCAGCCUGGGCUGCCUGGACUGCGAGGGUUAGAUGGAUUGCCAGGACCAAAGGGGCAGGGCGGCGUUAUGGGAAUACCAGGACUUCCCGGCUUGCCAGGGCCCCGUGGUCGUAACGGCACAGCAGGUGAGGAUGGCCGCAUUGGGCAGCCGGGUUUCAAGGGAAUGAGAGGAGAUGAUGGACCUCCCGGCGUUCCUGGCGAAAUAGGCGAAAUUGGUGAUGAUGGUCGUAGCGGUCGACCCGGGCCUCCUGGAGCUCCAGGUGAUCCGGGACUCUCCGGUCGACCAGGGGAGCCAGGCGCCCGUGGUCCUGAUGGAGACAGGGGCCGAGACGGCAGGCCGGCACUACCUGGCUUGCCAGGUCGUCGUGGAGACGUGGGUCCCGAUGGAACCCCAGGGAUACCUGGCGAGCCUGGUAGAAGGGGUGAGGACGGUCUACCAGGAUUACCCGGAGAACGAGGCCUAUCUGGAGACCCGGGUAGACCUGGCAGAGAUGGUUUCCCUGGAGAGUUUGGGCGCACUGGACCGCGAGGCCCUGUGGGACCUCCAGGACCAGACGGAGCACCUGCACCUCCUGGGCGCCCUGGACCCCCUGGAGAUGAUGGCAUCUCUGGCUUGCCUGGAAUACCUGGAGAACGGGGAUCAAUGGGAGAGGAUGGACUAAACGGUUUACCCGGCAUAAAGGGAGCAAAAGGAGAACCCAACCAACUUGUCCGGGGGCCGAAGGGCUUUUCUGGAGAGCCUGGCCUGCCUGGACUUAUAGGCCGCCGCGGAGCUAAGGGGAUUGACGGAAUGCCUGGCUUACCUGGUCUUCCUGGAAUGAAAGGUGUUAGUGGUCUUCCUGGAGAAUCUGGACAACCUGGACUUGAUGGUGUGGAAGGCUUGCCAGGGCUAGAUGGAGACCCAGGAUUUUCUGGACUUCCGGGAAGGCAAGGUUUAGCAGGGGAAGAUGGCUUACGAGGACUUCCAGGACAAAAGGGCCUGAUUGGAGAAAUUGGGUAUCCUGGUCCCAAAGGGUCUACGGGUCGGAAGGGUGUAAAGGGUGCGACAGGACCAAGAACGCCUUUCAACAAUUUCGAGCUUCUUAAAGGCAGCCCUGGUGACAAAGGCUUUCCAGGACUUCGUGGAUUACCUGGUGAUCCUGGACUACCAGGUACUGAUGGCUUCCCAGGGUUCCUUGGACGGAAAGGAGAAGCCGGUGAGCCCGGUUUCUAUGGCCUUGUAGGAGAGUCGGGCAGGCCGGGACUUGCCGGCGGACGAGGGAGAAGCGGCACACCUGGUUUUCCUGGGGAACCUGGUCGAGUGGGAGUACCAGGUGUUCCUGGUGCACCUGGCACUGGGCCCGGCAUAUUCUUUACAAGACACAGUCAGACUACUUCACCACCCGACUGCCCCAUCGGCACCACCAAGAUGUGGGACGGGUACUCCCUCCUCUACGUCGUUGGCAACGGACGCGCUCACGGUCAAGAUCUGGGUGAUGCGGGUAGCUGUCUGCGCCGCUUCCAUACGAUGCCGUUUAUGUUCUGCAACAUCAACAACGUGUGCAAUUUCGCUUCCCGCUCCGAUUACAGUUACUGGCUGUCCACGCCAGAGCCAAUGACUCCCAUGAUGGACCCGGUUUCCGGUGACAGGAUUCGCCCGUACAUCAGCCGUUGUGCUGUCUGUGAUACACCCUCACCGAUCAUCGCAGUGCACAGCCAGACGAUGGUGAUUCCAGACUGCCCACAGGGAUGGAGUGGUGUGUGGAUAGGCUGGAGCUUCGUGCUGAGCACCGGCUCUGGCACCAGCGGCACAGGACAAGGUCUGCAAUCCCCAGGCUCCUGUCUGGAAGACUUCAGAACAUCCCCGUUCAUUGAGUGUCAUGGGCGAGGCACAUGCAACUACUAUGCCACGUCGGCAAGCUUCUGGAUGACAACCAUCGAAAGAGCCGACCAGUUCAGACGACCUUUGUCAGAAACUCUCAAAGCGGGCGAUCUGAGGAGACGUAUCAGCAGGUGUCAGGUGUGCAUCAAAGACUUCGGAACAGGCCCAGCGUUCUUUAGGAUGGUGAAGUGAGCGCCAGCCGCCAUGUCAGGGUCAACAUCACAGAGUCCGCGCGGGCAAGAGGGAUAAUCCGUGAUGCAGCAGUUAUUAUCUACACGAAGAGCGCUUCAAAUUUCCACCACCACUUGUCAGUAACACUAAUUCUACACAUGAGAAGCAGCAAUAACUUCUUUCAGGGUCUCGGGAAGGGCGGUAAGUUGUGGGAAGGGGGAGGGAAUCGUGUGUAUAUAUGUAUAGGAGAUUACUGCUUGUUUCUAUACCGCGGAAGUAUGUAUUUGUUUAGUAUGAGACGUAUGAUGCAUCCUUAAAUUAGCUGCCAUGUUCAAGUCCAUACAGUUAACCCUGGAUGUUUUUUUUUUUGACUGUCUAUUUUUGGCUUACUGCGUUAUUUCAAGUGGUGCUACGUGUUUCUUUUACUUAAUGGGUUAUUAUUAUUACUGUUAAUACUAUUUUUUGUACCUGAUUCCGUGUUUUAGGCAUCAUUCAAAAUUUUUGUGCUCACGGACCUUGUGUAUCAUGAUGAAUAUACUAAGAAUACAGUUGAUUUUCAACGUGCAUUCUGCGUUGUUUCCCAGCAUGUGCCAAAAGUUUAGUCAUCUAUCACUGCCAACGCUAAGCUUCAGUCGAAGUUUGGUUCGCACUUAAUGUGAUAUGGAUGGUUUUGUGAAUUUUUUUUUCUGAUUGUGAGUGUGUUACUUAUCUCUUUGCUGAAAUAUUUGCUGAAAUAUUUUUGAAAUGUUGUCAGAUCAGCAUGCAGAAUAAAAGUGUCUAUGAGUACGCCGACAUUUGUAUUCACAAAUAAUCUUGUCAUCUCAUUUAGUAUGUGUAUUAUUUUUUUUUUUACCUUAGGGGCCGGGGGAAAACCCAUUUAUUGAAACUUUUCUUUAGUAGCCAUUGGCACAUCGAAUAUAAGUAUUGGGAAUUCCUUCACAUAGAGCACUGCCUGUGCGUCUAUCAGUUUACCAAUGUACCUAAUGAACACCUGCUAAGACCGUGAAUGGAUAACCCUAAGAAGUCAAAUUUCAAUACAGAAGUCCAUGAGUAGUCGGUUUGUAAUCAGUUGUUGUAAUUUUUUAACUCUAAUUCUUAGCGAGAUAACUUGACUAGUCCCUUCUAGACGUAUAUGUGUUAAAAUUCUAGAAACAGUUACUGCAUGGAUCCUUAAAUAAUCCUCAAAAUACAUAACAGAUUAUUUCAUGACAACAUUACAAGCAGAAAGGUAGACUUUAAUUUCAAUUAGACUUUAUUAUAAAGGUAGGGGAGAAAAGACAACAAAUAAUACAUAAACCGAAUAAAAUCUUAUCUAGGUGAGAUUUAGCUACUGUCACACCCUGAUUUUCUACAAGUUGCUCAUGUGAUAGAGACAUUAGUAGAUUAAACAUUAAAGCAGAGAGUCAAACCGUCGCUAAACAUUUGGCUCUGUACUGGUUCGUUCAUUUUUUGUACUUCUGGAAUAAACAUCAUUUGGCUUAAAGAA